AUGAUCGGAAAUAAGAAAUAUCAAGAGCAGGACCCAUUAAGCAACCAAAGUUAUGAAGGCACCGACGACUACAAAAUUACAGAAUUUGACUUUGACAUUCUGAUAAAGAAGGUUUCAAAAGUUGUGAAAGGCAGGAUGCUCCAUAUCUGGAAGAAAGAAGGCGAAGAGUUACGUAUUUAUCACGAGCAAUUCGAGUUGAAGCCUUAA